CCCUCGUGCACCUCCACCUCCUCCACCACUGCUCCUGCUGCUGCUGCACAGCUCCGGCAACCGAGAUGCACAACACAAGCACGGAGAGCCGCAACAAGAAAUGCCAGUUGAGUCCUAAGCAGAAGAAGAAUGCCGUCGGUGCCCAGAAGAAGCAGAGGAGCCCAGCCAGGCAGAGCAGCGCCCUGACCCGAAAACAACAACAACAACAAACGUUGUCACCUGAGGUCCAGGAGGAGAAGGAGGAGCCGGUGACCAGGUCUCGGCCACCACCACGGGAGGAGCAGCAGGAGGAAACGCGCGAGGAAGAGCAGCAGCAGCAGCAGCAGCAAAGAGAGGAAGUGGCAACGAGGUCCGCGAAGAAGAGGAAGAAGAAAGGACGGGAGGAGGAAGAGCAGAAGGUGAAGGAGGAGAAGGAGGUGGACGCAGUCAUGCCGUCUGUGCAGAUCAAACCAGAGCCGGAGGAGAUGGAGUGCACGCAGGCGGACACGAACGUUGACGGCCCGCAGCCGACGGACCUGAAGGUGAAGACAGAGUCCCCACUCUGUAAGACAGAGCCGUCCUCGCCACAGCCGUGUCCCGCCGAGGACCAGACGGAGCCCGUCGACCUGUCGCUCAACAAGCCACGCUCGUCUUCGCUCCCCGUCUUCACGACGAGCACCACCACGGUCAACCCGGCGCCAAGCUGCGCCAUGACCCAACCCUGCCUGCCGGCCACGCCCGUCACUUCUGCGGUACAAUCUAUAGGCUCCAUGGUUCUUUCGCCGGGCUCCAUCCUGGCCACGCAGGGCGCCGGUGGGCAGCAGAUCCUGCACGUCAUUCACACCAUCCCCUCGGUCAGCAUGCCCAGUAAGGUGGGUCAGCUGCAGACCAUUCCUGUGGUGGUGCAGUCGCUGCCCGUCGUCUACACCACCAUGCCCACGGACGGCGUCGCCACGGCAGCCAUCACCGUGCCGCUCAUAGGCAGCGACGGACGCUCGGAAGGAUCUGUUCGUAUUAAACCGGGUUCGACGUCUCCAGUGGAGUAUCAGAGUGAAAGUGACGCAGAGAGCGGGACAGAGUCCGGAUCGGCCUCGCUCAGCACCCAGGGCCACGACGAAGGGUCCGUCAUCGACUUAGAGCCCGUCGAUCCCGACUCGCCGGACGUCAAGAGGCGGCGAAUCCACAUGUGCGACUAUGAAGGCUGUAAAAAAGUUUACACCAAGAGUUCCCACCUCAAAGCUCACAGGAGGAUACACACAGGAGAGAAACCCUACCACUGUACCUGGGAAGGCUGCACAUGGCGCUUCGCCCGCUCCGACGAGCUGACGCGGCACUUCCGCAAGCACACGGGGAUCAAACCUUUCCGCUGCACCGAGUGCGACCGUUCCUUCUCCCGGUCCGACCAUCUGUCCCUGCACCGCCGCCGCCACGUCAUGAUGUGAAAUCACCCCACCCCCCAAAAAACAAACAAACAAAAAAAACUCAACCUCUUUCCCUCGGAGGUUCCUCACAGCACAUCUUGUACCAGUUUCCCUUCAUCCUUCGUGGUCCCUUCCUCACCGCGGCAGAUUCAGAGGACACUGGCUGUCCGUCAUCCUCCUUGUCUUCAUCUUGAAACGGCAGGAUUAUCAUUUCUGUGUGUGUGACCAGUGGAUUCUGUGCUUUUCCUAAUGUCGCACGACACGUCUCCUUGUCAUCAGACAGAGACAGAAGGACAACGAGCAGCAGCGCCGACGUUCAUCCGUCCAUCAUAUCCAUCCUGAGGAGAGGACGGAGACGAAGAAGGACAUGUGUGUAUUGUCUCUUCGCACUGCUUGUUUUUUUCCGUUCAUAUUCACAGUUGGGAAGUUGCAUGAAGUCAAAAUUGUAUAAUUGAAUUCAAAAUUAAGUUAAGUAACAUUAAUAUUAAGUAACCAUGGCAACGCAAUUUUGAUCAAGAUAAUUGCGAUAUCUUCCCAUGACCCGAUAUCUCAACGCUGACAAAAGUUUUUGCAGCUUCGCAUUUCGCGACUUUAGUACUAAACUUUAGUUUAGUACAAAUAUUUAAAAUCGAGAAACACCGAAGCAAAAAACUGCAAAUGUCUCAUCUUUGUGGGAUUUGUAACGUGGACUUUGUCCAUUUGACAGAAGCUAAACUCACCUUGACUUGCGUCUUUUGCGUUGAAAAUGCGCAAAAAAGCUACACCAUGCAAACAAGAAUUUGAAUAUCAGAAGUUCCUAAAUAAUUCGUAAACAGCAGUGUCCGUCAUGGCUAACCAUGUAGCAAGAGAUGCUAAUGUCGCUAAAGUGAGCUUGAUGUGUUGUUAGCUAUUGUUGGGUGAACUCUGUCCAAUUAAAAACAUCGCUAAUGGGGAGAAGAAACUUGCACAGUGUGCUACAAGGUGAAGCGACUUACCCACAAUGCAGUUCGGCAAAUACAUUUUUUUGCGUGUUUAUUGCAGCUGUUUGGAUACAGUUAUUCACAAAUCAGCAGCGGCCUUUCAAAGUAAAAGCUUCCCAACUAUGUGCAUAUUGGUCUCUGUUUGCCGUGGCAUCAAGCACUGAUGUUGUGCCACCCCCCCACCCCUUUGCCCCCAUAAUGACCCCGCCCCCCGCCCUCUGGUACAGGGAGCUACAAGACUGUGAACUUUAUAAAGUUUCAUUUGUUUUCAUUGUUAUCAAUCAAGUUAUUGUAUUUUGCGUGCCCCGCCUCCUGCCCCGCCCCCCUCGCACACACCUUUUCUAAAUCUUCUUCAAUAACAGUAUUUGCUUUUUUUGUGCGUCGUCGUUGCUUGCUGUGUUUUUUUGUUUUUAUUUCUUUUUUGUCAGGAUUAUUAGCAGCAAAGACAAAAAUAGUUCAGAUCAUUUUGUUGUGAAAAAAAGACACAAAUAGUUUGAGGUUACGAGAAAACAAAACUCUCACGCAGGGAAACGGGGGAGCUUUGCUGAGUGUGUUUGUGUGUGUGUGUGUGUACAGUGAAUGUGUGUGUGUGCGUGUGUGUGUGUGUGUGUGUGUGUGUUUUGAGACAAACACAUAAUCAGAAUUUAAGAAUUUUUACAAGUGUGUUCCGGGCACUUGUUGUUCUUUUACCUCUUGCCCGUCGAGCCUUAAUAAACGAAGUCAAUCUGAAAACCAGGGAACCACUGACAGGUGACGUCUCACCACACCAUGUUACGCUACAGCGUGCAAACACUUUCAAUCAUGUUUGAUAUCAUAACAUUUCCUUUUUCUUCAUUGUGUUUAUUAAUUAGAGCCUGAUUGAUUGGAUUUUUGGAGGCAAACAAAAGAGAUUAAGAAGACACAAUGUGUAAUAUUAUUAUAUAUUGGCCAAAAAAACAUUUUUAAGACAUUAAAAAGUAUUACUGUGCUGAAAUUAUACUUAUUAUAAUAAACCUUGGAGUUUAGACUGAACAUCUUUUCACAAUUUCACAACUCCCAACUAAAACAUAGUUCAAAAAAUUAGCCGAAAUGAAAACAAUCUGUAGUUUUAGCUCCACUAAACACAUGAAUUAAGUUAAUUCAAACUAAAAGAGUCAAUAAAGUUAGGUUUAUUUUGAAUUGUUGCGUUACCAUAACCCAAAUGACAUGAUGAAACAAUUUCUGUUUUUUUCCCUGUUUAAUCCAUAAAUUAGUAAACAUAGUCACUGAUAUCAAUAUUCAGAUUUCUUUAUUGUCAUAUUUAUUAAAAACAACAAACAGUACUGUGGAGCCAAAAUGGCCGCCGUCAGCUGUCAGUGGUUCUGGGGGAAAAGCUGGACACUGUGUGGGUCCGUCAGGGGAAACUGAGCGCUCUCCUUGCUAACAUUUCUACCAGGGUAAACCAUUGGGUCAGUCCUCGGUCUCACCCGGACUCAGUUGAAGUGGACUGAUCCUGAACGUGAUCCUGCACUCUGACCCACGCAGUCCAUGUCUUAACAGGAGCUGUUUCUCAGCUCCCGAACUGGGCUGAACUUGAUUAUGCAACUUAAAACGCAGACCUUUGGUCGCCGUUCGUUGGUCGCCAUGGCGACACUAGUUGUCCCGCUCACACACAGCUCACCCUAGUGGUCAGGAGGAUGUGUGAUGUUUUCUUUUUUUUGUUGUGCUGUUGAGCAAAAUAAAAGCCUCGUGAAAAAGCAGCGAGAGCAAAAGUGUCACACACACACCUGACUUUUCAUCGCAUGAGACAGGAUGAUGAUGAUGAGGAGGAUGAUGAAGGCCUCCUGUGAGCUGAGUGCAUGACAUGAACAGGGCAGAUAGUGCUUUGGUCUGUACACUGUAAAAAAAAGGAAAGAUAAAAGAAAAAUAAUCCCUUUAAACAAAAGAAAAAAAGGAUUAUGUUUCUCCUUUCUUUUUUUGCAGUGCAGAUUAAUGCAAUGUUCCCAUGUCUGUUAACACCCCCCCUCUGCUUCAAUCUAAAGGGCGAGUUCAGAUUUUUUGUGGUUGUUUGAGGCACUCACAGCGCCCCCUGUUUUGGUGACCAGCUUAAGAAAUCAAGGUUUGCUUUCAGUGAAAAAUCCCAGAAUAUGAAAACAAGGAAAAAAUACUCAAAAUCUACACCAGCCUCUGUCUGUGAUAUUUUAAGGACAUUUUUGCCAUUUAAUCUCAUCACUAAGAUGCCUUUUCUUUGUGAACUACACCAAACUCCAUAGAGAAAACAACGAUUUUAGGCCACAGUGACACAGGAGCUGCUGGUCUCCUGCUGCCACGUUUGGUCAGUUUGUGUCACUUUGCAAACACAAACGGAAGAUUUCAAACGCCAAAAUCAGAAAAAUAGAAUGUUUAAUAUUACAGUGGAUCUAGUGGAACUUAGUGAAUCAGUAACUCCUGUGUGUCGUGCCGUAAAAUCCCUGAUUUUCUCUAUGGAAUUUGGUGUGGGAGAUUGAGCGGUUUACAAAAUCGACACAAACCUCAGUUUUCAGUCAGAAAAAAGGUGAUUUUACAGUGAGAUAAACACAUUAUAAAAACAUUUUAGACUUAAACAGGUGUAGAUUUUUAUUAUAUAAACCUUUUGAUGUUCUGGUCAGUAUCUCACACAACCACUGGUCAAAAAAACCCUGAGCUUUCCCUUUGCAAACAACAAAAAACCCCACAAAACAUAUUGACUAAGCACAUAGCACAUCUUUCUAGAAGAGUAUAUGCAUUUUCUUUCUUUUGUAAACUGUUGAUAAAGACAUUAAGGACAAAUAAUUAAGAGAAAUCCAUGUACAUAAGUGUAUAUAAUCAAAAAGUUCAAAGAGUAAAUGUAAUGGGUGAAUUUCUAUUUUUAACACUGACUAGAAAAUGUGAAAAAAUCUUUUUUGUUCUUCUUCCUCCUCCUUUGUUGGUUUUGAUGAAGUGUUUCAUCAUGUGUUUAUUAUUAUUAUUGUUAUUAUUUUUUUUCAAAUCUAAUAAUACAUUUGUUUUCGUAGUUUCUUAAUAAGAAAAAAAAUGGUCCCACUUGUGUUGUGCACACUCGUGUUGCAUGGAGUGUCGCCUUCUUGUUUUCUUAUAGUGACGUUGUUGAGCAUGUCCGUGUGUGCGUGUGUGCGUGUGUGAAAGCGGGGUUUGUCUAAAAAAACAAAAAAAACAAACUCCACUUAUUUAAAAACAUUUUUUUCAAUUUGGCUUCGAUUUACAACAACAGCUGCACUGCUGAAUUAAAAGGUGUUGGUUUUUAUUUCUUCUGAAGGUUCCGAUGUUUUCAGGUCAGUUUUGGUGAAAAUUUGUUGCUGCAAAAAACAUGUUUUUUGAAUAUUUUGUUAAUUUCAAGUUCCCCAAAUAAAAUAUAGACAAUGUUCA